GAUGAACGAAACUGAGUCCCUGACUAUAGGCCGUAGGCGUGGCGCAGUUGCUGAGUCAACUAGCGCGCUCAAAUGACCAACCCCCAACGUUGAGCCUCGAUCAGUUCCUGCAACCCAUCAUUUCCUAAUCUACUCUUUUACACUCUGGUGACUUUAAAAGACCUACGAUGGAGGUACACCACUCCUUACAGGGCAGCCUAUAUGAUCUCGCCAUCCUUUCUCAUGGCGUCUCCGGCGUGGUCUUUGAACUCCCCGAUUCUACCGUUGUCAAGGUGCCUUGCGGUUCCGAUCAAAGCAGAGAGGAACUUGCCAUCGAAAGUACCAUCUACAAUCGCCUAGGCUCCCAUCCCUACAUUACAAAGUUUCUCUACACAUACAAGGGCAUGAUUGUCCUCGAACGUCUCCAGUAUCCCCUCCGCAAGCGGCUCUGGGACCUACGUAAUGCUGGAGCGCCACCCCCAGCUACAGAUGUUCUACGAUGGGCUAUCCAGAUUUCGCAAGCACUCCAGCACGCUCACUCGCGCUGCGUUUUCCAGGUUGACAUCGGCCCGCAUAAUAUCCUGUUAGACGGGUUUGAAGACGCGAAGUUAUCCGAUUUCGCUGGGUCAUCAAUUGACGGUUCCGCGCCUUCAGUGCUGCCCAGCCCGCACUCACAGUACCCAAAUAUGCUAAAACCUUCAAUACAAUCCGAGAUGUUUGCGCUUGGCUCUACGCUAUACGAGAUUGAGACAACACAACAACCAUACUGUGAUAAGAGCGACAAGGAUGUUGAAGAAUUAUUUAGGGCGGGAGACUUCCCAGAUACAAGCGCGCUGAUGCUAGGGGAGGUUAUAAGCAAGUGCUGGAGGGCGGAGUACGAAGACGUUGGCGAGGCAGUGAAAGAUAUUACGCGUAUUCAGAGGAAAUACGCGAAUGCGGUGGAAAAGCGGCAUGGAAUUGUCUAGUGGAGCCGUACUUUUAUCUCCUUCGGCAUCGUUCUUCUUAUCGCUAUCUACCUCUGUCACAAUCGAGCCCCGUCGUUGGAAUGGCUUUAUAGGACGCAACGUCCUGUUCAUUAAUGGGACAUCCACAAACGCUGCAUUCAGGCAGAUGCCAGGGCAUCC